CCAGCUAUAAUGUCGCCUAUGUAUGUUGUUGGCAUGCUGGGACUUUUGAUGAAGGCAGCCAUGCCUAUGUGUGCCCCCACUGAGUACACACUUUACAUUGAGAGGCAGGAGUGUAAUUACUGUGUGGCUGUCAACACCACCAUCUGCAUGGGCUUCUGUUUCUCCAGGGACAGUAAUGUGAAGGAGUUGGUUGGUCCCCGUUUCCUGGUCCAGAGGGGCUGCAGCUAUCAGGAGGUGGAGUACCGAACUGCCAUUCUGCCUGGCUGCCCACCAUACGCAGAUCCUCACUUCACCUACCCGGUUGCCCUGAGCUGCCACUGCAGCACCUGUAACACACACAGCGAUGAAUGUGCACUCAAAACCAGCAACGCUGGGAUAAAAUGCUCCAAACCGGUGCGUCUUUUGUAUCCCGACCCUGAAGAGAGCAACUAUAUCCAGCCAUACUGGGAACAGUACGAGUGACAGUUGUAAUUAUCUAUGUGGAUUUGUAUUAUUCUUUGACUAAAAUCAUCCACACUCACAAUAAAUUAUUUGUUC